AUGCAUCUUGCAAAGAAUCGGCUUCAUCCUUCACCAGAAGAGAAGAAACACAAGGAACAGCAUCUGGUGCAGAGCCCCGAUUCCUACUUCAUGGAUGUCAAAUGCCCAGGCUGCUAUAAAAUCAUCACGGCCUUAAGCCAUGCACAAACAGAAGUUCUGUGUGUUGGCUGCUCUACUGUCCACUGUCAGCCUCCAGGAGGAAAAGCAAGGCUUCCAGAAGGAUGCUCCUUCAGACAGAAGCAGCACUAA